GGAGGAAUAGUGCCCCAUCAUUGGUGUCAGUGGUGGGGGGGGAGGAAUAGUGCCCCAUCAUUGGUGUCAGUGGGGGGAGGAAUAGUGCCCCAUCAUUGGUGUCAGUGGGAGGAAUAAUGCCCCAUCAUUAGUAUCAGUGGCACCAAUGAUGGGGCACUAUUCCGCCCACUGACACCAAUGACACUUAACUUGCUGACCCCUGUUCCAGCAUGGUGCUGCUGCAGCCCGCAUACCUGGGGCAGCAAUCUGCACGGCACACUUACCUGUCAGCUGUCCUUCUUCACUCAAGCCUCUCCCUCACUCGAUGUUCGCUGGGGCGCUCAGCUCCGCCUCCUCGCAGGCGAUUGGCCAUCUGUGUGCCUUUCCUGAGCUACAGUUUUGGUGCUCAAUCACUGGUGAGGAGGCAGAGCCGAGCG